AAGCGGAAAUCAGGCGGUGGUCGGAGUCUGGCUAAAGUGGUCCUGUUACGUUGGAGAGCUGAAGGGGUCCGGAGGUCCUGUGACGGUGUUCUGGGCCAGAGAUCUAAACAAUCUAAACAUUAAACAGUACAGCUGCCUCAAAUCCCUGGGGUAUGGGUCAUCUUUCUGGUGAUUUCUGUGAUUCCUAUAGAAAUCAAGGCACGCCUUUAAUUUGCUGAAUUUAUUUUAAACCAUACCCUGGAUUUGAGAAUUUGACAUCUGUUUGCCAAUCCCAGACACAUUGGUAUUUAAUAAGACAUACUGUAAGAGAGCAGAGGCCUGGAAGAAUUUCAGAAUGACUGACACUUCUGAAGCUGUUCCAAAUUUUGAAGAGAUGUUUGCCAGUAGAUUCACCGAAGAUGACAAAGAGUACCAGGAAUACCUGAAACGCCCUCCUGAAUCCCCUCCAAUUGUUGAGGAAUGGAAUAGCAGAGCUGGUGGGAACCAAAGAAAUAGAGGCAAUCGGUUGCAAGAUAACAGACAGUUUAGGGGUAGGGAUAGCAGACGGGGGUGGCCAAGUGACAAUCGAUCCAAUCAGUGGCAUGGACGAUCCUGGGGUAACAAUUACCCGCAGCACAGACAAGAAUCUUACUACCCCCAUCAAUAUGGACACUAUGGUUACAACCAACGGCCUCCCUAUGGCUACUACUGAUAGAAAUGUCAGCAGCUUUUAGUAAAACCAUUUACUCUGUUAACAUGACAAAAGUUUAUGUUGUAUUUUCUGUUGGUCAUAGUUUUACAUCUGAUUGUAGAGAGUGGAUUGAUUUUUUGGAACUUGAGACUUUUUUUAAAUUACAUCUUACUGGAGAGAUAUGAUGGCUGCUGGAAAUAUCAAUAAAUACUCCCCUAAAAAG